CUUGCCAGGGAGAUCGACGUCCUCUGGACCUGGGCGUCGGGCGCGACUCCGGAAAGCUCUGCCGCCGAGCCCUUCGCCUGCUCCAAAUUUAUAGUCGCGAUAGGACACAACGCCGCAGCUUUCCUGUCUUCUUUUAUUCUGGAUUCUGUAUGUUGGGAAGUAGUUGGAGUCGUGAAGCUGUGGAAUGAGUGGUGUCGAACAUCCAACACAACAAACGUCCUCCCAACAGAUUCUUUCUGUUUGUUCUACCGAUUAGUAUCAGAUCCGACAGUGUUGUUGUGCCAGUGUAGUUGCUAUGUUGCUGAGGAUCAACAGUUCCAGUGGCUUGAAAAGGUUUUUGGCUGUAUGCAAAAGGAGGGCUUGCAAGUAACCAUUCUGUCAACAUGUCCUGUAGCUGAUUAUAAAACUCAGGAAUCCACUCUGACACUUCCAUCUCCAUUUCUGAAAGCCUUGAAGACCAAAGAAUUCAAAGAGCAGGUCUGCUGCCCACUGCUGGAACAACCUAACAUUGUGCGAGAUCUUCCUGCUGCUGUUUUGAGUUAUUGUCAAGUAUGGCAGAUUCCUGCAGUGUUGUAUCAGUGCUACACUGAUUUCAUCAAACUGGACACGGUUACAAUCGAAGCGUUCAAGCCUCUGCUUUCUUCUAAAACCCUGAAGAGUUUAGUCAAGGAUGUAUCUGAAAGCACAAAGAUUUUGAAGAAGUUACUGACAACCAAUGAAACUCACAAUAAUAUCUAUAUCUAAAGAGGACGUUUAUGACGCAGACUGCACUUUCGUAAACUCCCGUUUCUUCUGUAGAGGACAUUUUGGAAUUGUAGUUGUUUCCUUAAAAGUGGAAUAAAUUCCAGUAGAUUUUUACUUCUGCGCUCAUUUUUGUUACUUUCUAAUUCAUCACUACAAACACAUGCAGUUCUUUUGCAUGGCUUGAGAGACGUCCUUCUGGAGCGACUUUAGGAAAGAUACCUUGAGUACGAAAAGCAACUUCUUUUUUUCUCCUCCUGAAGGGAUUGUCUUAUCUAAAUGUAUACCUUUUAUAUGUAAGAGAGAGGAAAUGCAGUUAAGGAAUUCUGUCUAUAUCCAAUGAGAACACCUAUUUUUUACUUUAUUUUGAGACACACAAGUUUUCCUAAUACUCGAUCCUCUCUAAAAAUUUGUCUGUGAUGGAGAAAACACGCUCUGCAUCUGUUUACAUACAUAAAUAUUUAUAAUUUUUUGUGUGUGUAUGUAUGAAUGAUACAUAUAUACAUAUGUGUGCACAUACUUCUUUUUUCAUGUACGUGUUGAUACAAAGUAUAGUAAGUACAGUAUGGUAAAUACCUUUAAAAGACUUACUAGUGGAAAAUAAGCUUGUUUUACAAACUAGUAGGAGGCAGGAAUAGGGGGCUGUUUUGAACGGCAUGGAAGGGCUGUGACUUGGAUUCACCAAGUAGGUUGUCACAGGCGUUUCGGGUGCUGCUGCCUGCAGGUCUGGCAGGAAGAGAGGUGUGCCCACGUUCAGAUGCUGCAGCCCCCAUUGACAGCGCCUUGCUGAGACCUCGCCUCUGUUGGAGGUUUCAGCUUCAGGCCUUGAGCAGGAGCCAUGGAGGGGCAGGAGCGUUCCCUGCUGUCAGAUCUCUCGCAGUGGUGGGAGCCUCUCCCAGUGAGACGGGGUGGUAGGCUCGCAAGCCGCUUCAGCUGGAUUUGCCAAGGCAAACUGAUUAAAUCUAUCCACUUUAAAACUCCAAAUUGCUGGCAACGGUAGGAAUAGUACAAGAUCUUCUAGGCAGAGUAUGUGAUUCUUAGAGUAGAGCAAAAGUUCAAGUUUUAAAGUGUCUCUGGAAGUUGGUAACAAUUUCAGCAGUGUAUUUAGAGAUUGGCAUGCAGCUCUGACUUGUAUACAUCCUCUGUUUAAUUUAACAUUUUAUUUAAGAAAAUGGUGUUAAAGAUAGUGUUUCUGUUGCUACCAGGUAAUUCGCUGGUGGUGUCACUGCACAGAGAUCUUUAAAUUGCAUUUGGCUUAUCCUUUUGGAACACAAGGGUAUCAGCUUCAAAGUUCUCUACUAAGUUUAACUGUGACUUACAGUGGCUGCCCAGUGGGCAUUUUUGAACAGUGUAUUCCUUUAAUGGAACUGUCAUCCCUUCAGGUUUGAAAGUGGUCGGCUUAGUCAGCCUCCACUGAAGCAAGUAACCCCUGGUGUCAGUAGGCCCACUACAACUUCUGGUUUUGGAAAUUUUUAACAGCACCCUGCAUUGCAGUUUCAACGGUAGUAGAAUAUUCUGAUGUGGAUAUCGAGUUGCGUUAUCAGUUAAGACAUUGAUUUAAAUUUCUGUUAAUAUAAUUACGGAUAAGCAAGCAACUGUUGCUUUAAGCAGUACUGUAUUUUGGAACAAACUCUGAAGCAUGAAGUGCCAGGACAUGGUUCCUCCUGUUUUGUUUUUUUUCUUUUUUUCCAUUUCUGUGCAGCAUUUUAAUUAAAAAUCUGUUUGUAUGCGUGAUCUGAGCUGAGAAUUUGUUGCUCCGAGAGUUCCACAUUGGCUGCACCGUUUUCUUACUUGUGUACUA